AUGAUCGACGUGCGUUCCUCACCGGCUCGUCAUCUUUCGGCAUGCUGGAAGGCCUGUACUGGUGAUUUCUCAUCAAUCGCGGCUGUGAGAGACGCUGGCUCACAAGUCACUGAUGACGCUCACCCAGCUCCAUACAUCUCCUCUCGAGCAGUGACGACAGCUAGAGUUGGGCGCGAUCGCUGGACCAGCGGUAGCAGGCCAUCCCCAAAGCUGUGCAGACGAGUCAAAGGAUCCUCGGGCGGUCUGGCGUUCAGUUCCAAGGCUGACACACCACUCGGCGCGAUCGCGUGGCUGCUGAUCGGAGGCCUCCCAGAAUGCAGUGUAAGCGAGUCAAAGGAUCCUAUGGAGCACUGCGUUGAGAUUCAAAUGGCGGCGCGCCGAGCGGAGCGUUUGGGCCCGCCGACGGAGGAGAACGUCACUACUGCGGAGACCCAAGGUGCACGCUCCCUCGUUGCUCCCAGUACCGGCUACACCGUGCAAGAGCUUGUUGCGAGAAUGCCUGAUCACGUGAGGCAGGACAGCCAGAUUCAAUCAGUCGCAUCCGACACGGACAACCCCGAAGCGGACAGUCAGUACCUCAUGAUGAAGUACAUGCAGCAAGUCAGGCAGAGGAACAGCGGAGUGACCGAUGGCGGCGAGAGUGCUCCCGGGAUGGAUGGGACGCAGGCCGGUCGAGGGGGUCUGACUGGCCCGUCUGGUAGCUAG